AUGGCUCACUCAAACCCCGCUCAAAUGGACGGCGAUGGCCUCCCUCCUGGCACUACUAGGCUUAUCGACGUCGACGGCUCCGUCAUCAGCAAACAUGCCUCCGGGUCCGAUGAAGCGGACAUUGUUCUCAUUCCUCGCCCAUCAGAAGACCCAGAGGAUCCGUUGAACUGGACAAAGAAGCGAAAAUGGCUUGCGACAUCGUGCGUCUUGGUCUACACCGUCAUGAUCGCGAUCCCGAGUAGUGCCGUCUACUCCGUCGUCACCCCCAUCAGAAAAGCAACAGGCUUGUCACUGUCCGACAUCAACAACGGCACAGGAAUCAUGUUCUUGUUCUAUGGCUGGGGAUGUCUGAUCUGGCAACCAUUUGCCCUUCAAUAUGGCAAACGACCAGCAUACCUUGCGUCACUCAUUGCCAACAUAGUAAUCCUUGCUACUGCCCCCAUGUGCACUACGAAGCACACAUAUCUGGCUAAUCGAAUCCUACUGGGAUUAUUUGGUGCUCCAGUCGAGUCGCUUUGCGAAAUCUCCAUCACGGAUAUCUGGUUCGCGCACCAGCGCCCGAAAUAUCUUGCACUCUACGGUUGGGGUCUUUCAAUGACGGGCAAACUUGCUCCGAUGCUGUCAGGCUUCAUCAACGUGGGCAUGGGCUGGAAGUGGACUCUGUGGUGGUGUUCAAUCUUUAACGGCAUUGCUUUGGUCUACUGCUUCCUCUUUAUGGAAGAGACCAAUUACGACCGACCGGCGAGACCAGCCGAAGAUAGCACGACGUCAGGUCCUGGCAAUGGAAUUCAAGAGCAACGCAAUGGAGGCGAUUCGGACGAGAAGAAGUCGGACAAGGCUGGAGACCAGAACAUGAUAAACGCCAAGCCUGUUGAUACCGAAACCGGACAGAUGUUCUAUCCCCGCAAGACUUACAUCCAGAAGCUCGGUAUCAAAGACAAGCCUAGACCCAACCGCAUGUUGGAUAUUGCGCUAGGUGGACUCAGGGGCUUUACGUACCCUUCGGUUGUUUAUGCCGGUCUUAUGUACGGCGCCAACAAUUUGGUGUGGUCCGGUGUGCAGAAUGCCACAGCUGGCACUGUCUACACUACCAUGUAUGGCUUCUCUACGGCCGGUGUAGCUGCUGCGUACGCCGGUGGCUUACUUGGUACUGUGGUUGGAGGCUAUUACUGCGGCAAGGUGGGCCGCCUGCUCACGAUACGACUUGCCCGACGCAACAACGGAAUAUCCGAAUCGGAGCACUCGCUCUGGCUCUUCUCCGCAUCAAUGUUCCUAGUCCCCUUCAGCAUGCUCUUGUACGGCCUGGGUGUGACCUACCACAUUCACUGGAUAGGCCUUGUUAUAUCCCAGUUUACCCUCGCCAUCAACAACGCCCUCGCUGUUGCAGGAUCCCUUGGCUAUGCCAUCGCAUCGUAUCCUCAACUUAGCGGCGACAUGAUCACCACGUGCGUCAUCAUCCGUAACACCAUGUCCUUUGCCAUCAAUUAUGGAAUAACUCCCUGGUUGAAUCACAUGGGUUAUCGGGACACCUACAUCAUCGUUGCUGUCAUUGGAUUUGUCUGGAACGCCAGUAUCUUCGUUAUGACCAAGUAUGGCAGGACAAUCAGAGAGAAGAGCGCAGAGAGGUAUUGGCGUCAUGUUGCCAAGGCGCAUGCAAAAGGCUUGAGUCAUUGA